UAUGCUUUUAUCUCUAGAGGAUAGAGUGAAGUGUGGCAGUUUGAGGUGGUAGUUUUUUUUAAUUUUUUUUUCCAUCUUCAUCUUCCUUGCAACACAGAUCACAGAACAGAAUCAUGGCAAAGGCAGAGAGCAGUUUCAAGCAGCCAAGGUGGUCUCUUCAGGGAAUGUCCGCUCUUGUCACUGGCGGCACUCGCGGAAUCGGGCAUGCAACGGUGGAGGAGCAUGCUGGGCUAGGAGCUAGAGUUCACACAUGUUCAAGAAAUGAAGCAGAGAUAAGUAAGUGCUUGAAAGAGUGGGAAGCCAAGGGUUUUGUGGUCAGUGAAUCAGUUUGUGAUGUAACAUCUCGAGCCCAGAGAGAGAAGCUAAUUAAGCAAGUGGGUUCCCUUUUUAAUGGCACUCUCAACAUUUUUGUAAAUAAUGUUGGCAAAUAUAUGUGGAAAGCAACUACUGAGUUCUCUGCUGAAGAAUUUUCAGAACUCCUGAACAUUAACUUUGAAUCUGCAUACCAUCUGUGCCAACUUGCACAUCCUCUUCUAAAAGUGUCUGGAGCAGGAAGCAUUAUAUUCAUUUCCUCUGUCGCUGGUCUUGUGUACAUUGGUGGUACCGGAUCAGUUUAUUCAUCAGCCAAAGCUGCAAUUAAUCAGCUUACGAAAAAUUUGGCUUGCGAGUGGGCCAAAGACAAUAUCAGGACAAAUUGUAUUACGCCAUGGGUUAUCAGAACCUCACUUGUGGAAAAUGUGCUUGAUGAGAAAGAGUUAUUGGAUAAAAUAGUCUCUCGAACUCCUCUUCAACGCCUUGGAGAACCAAAAGAAGUCUCAUCUUUGGUUGCAUUCCUUUGCCUACCUGCUGCUUCUUACAUUACUGGACAGAUUAUUUCUGUUGAUGGAGGUUUGAGUGUGAAUGGAUUUGAUCCUGUUAUGAAACUAGAUUGAGCAAAUCAGGCUGUUAUGGCUGAGGAGAUCAGAGAAAAAAUAAAUAUGGGAAUUGUUUGAAUAACAUAGCAUUGUAAUUUGCAGAUGCUCAAUUCAUUUCUUCAUGGUCCCCUUCAGUGAUCUAUUGGUUCCUUCCUC